CGCGCGGUGCCCGAUCCACGCAGGCCGGAUCACGGAGCCCGGCUCCCGUAGCUGACAGUGUCAUCCCAUGCGGCGCACAUGCGCACGUAUCGAAUGCAUUGGCACCUUUAAAAACAUCGCGAAAUACGAAACACACGCCUGCAUUUCCUUUCGGUAACAUUCCAAUGAAAUACGAAUCGACGUGACCAAUUUGGCGGCGUAGAAUUACUAUACAAGCUCAGGACAGCACCCGGUCUGUACAUCUCAUUCAAAGUGACGCUGCGGUAUAUAUAUCCAUUUCUAUAUACAGGAUAUAGAAGAAUGAAACUACCUAGAUUAGACCUGUCAAUGCAAAAAAAGACAUGCAGACCAGCAAUGUUCGGUCGAAUGUGGCAGUCAAGUAGGCGGUCUCUGAGGUUGGACCACUCGCCUCCACACCAAUUCGCCUGUUGCCAGUGGCAGAAGAGUCAAAGACCUUCAACUGGAUAUCUCGUAUACAGAUGGCUAGUUUUCUUGGCAGUAAUAUGCGUUGGCAUUGCCAGUUUUGCGUGCCAGCGACUUCCACGGCGUUAUGAAGGGCCUCCAGUGAAGCUCAAUUACUUCAAAUGGUUCAUUUAUUUCACCAACUGGGGUUUCAUGUUAAUAGCCAUUCAAUCUGCCCUGGCAUUGGCCGUCGUUCACCGCUACAGAGCACAAACUUACAAUUUCUCUUACGAAGAGGAGGACGUGUUAACACCACGGCGGUUCAAUACUCCGCUGCUGUGUCGGAUGUACUGGCUCUCGCACAACGUCGCCACAGAUCUAGCAUUUGUCAUUACACUUAUCUACUGGACACUCGUUUACGAUCCCAAGUUACAUGACAUCAACGCUUUGAAUCUCCUGGUUCAUGGCGGGAACUCCAUGCUCAUGGUAUGCGAGUUGCUGGUGACAGCGCACCCGCUACGGGCCGCUCAUGCGUUGUACGGCUCAGCGGUGGGCCUCACGUAUGGUGUCUUCAGCGCCAUUUACUGGGCGCUUGGAGGCACCGACCGUUUCAACUUGCCUGCCAUAUACCCACCUCUUAAUUGGGAUAAGCCUGGUCCUGCGUUCGGAUUUGUGGCGUUGUGCGCCACGGUGUUGAUGUUCGUGCAUGGUUGCGCCACGUGUUUGGUCGCACUGCGCUUGCGGCUCGCCGCGCGACUACGGCCUGCGCGCGCUCAGAGCGAUCAACUCACAUUGCCAACGCACUGAGGG